AAGUGUCAUUCGUCUCCGCAAACUGUUUCUUUGGAAGUCCCCGGAAGAAAAUUUGCACAGUUUUUCACUUAUUUUUCUCGUAAUUUACCGAUUUUCACACAUUUUGGCAGCAUGGCAGACGCAAAGGCAGUUAGCGAAAAGGUACAAGCGUACAAGAACGACCUCAUCAAGAAGGCGGAAAACCUCAUUGUGAUAGAGUUCCCACAGAAAAUCGUCAAGCUGAACGAACUUUUGGAGACAUCGCGUUUCGCCAAGGACAAAAACAUGAAAUGCGUGAAGCAGGAUCUGAAUAUUCCGGUGCCGGAUCCCAUUUUGUUGUGCGAUGGCGACGGAAAUUCCUGUGAGCCGCCAGCAAAGCGCACUCGUGUUGCCACGGAUACCGUAACGGGCACAAAAGUCAUGGCACUGCCCAAUGGACUCGUCAAAUGCAACACCUUCAUCACAGACCUCAUCGAAAUUGUCAAGCCAAUUAUCCAGGAACUCGUCGAAGACUCGAACGUACUCAAGAUGUGGAUUUCCUUCCUGAUUCCCAAAGUCGAGGACGGCAAUAACUUUGGCGUGAGCAUCCAGGAAGACACAUUGGCGGAAAUUCAGUCGGUCGAAAGUGAGGCAGCGGCAUUUUUCGACCAGAUUUCGCGGUAUUUCAUCUCGCGCGCCAAAGUCGUGUCGAAAGUCGCCAAGUAUCCACACAUUGCGGACUACCGAAGAGCUGUGCAGGAGCUCGACGAGAAGGAAUUCCUCAGUUUGUGGCUCGUUACGAGCGAAGUACGGAAUCGGUAUUGCUCGCUGCACGACAUUGUCAUCAAAAAUAUGGAAAAACUCAAGAAACCACGAUCAUCCAAUGCCGAAAGCUUAUAUUAAG